AUGUGCGUGUACAAGGAAGGCGUUGUUGUGCAGGGGAUCGUCAAGAUCAGCGGUCUCUACAGGCCCAUCCACCAGAUCCUCAACUUCCACGCAGGCCACAAGAUCUUCCCCGAGGUGCUCGAGUUUGAUCCGCAGAAUCCGUUGCACAAGGAGUUUCUGAUUGCCGCCGCCAACAUCUACGCAUGCGUCUUCAAGGUGCACCCGACCAAGUACCCGAGCGAGGAGAACAAGCUCCACAUCAAGCGGCCUCCUGGCAGCUGUCCUUCUGCUUCUUCUGGGCAUGAAGGCUACUCCUACGUCAGCGUCAGCCCCGAUGGCCGCCUGCUGGUGGCUGAGUCGUUUGUGUGGGACAUGCACAGGCUGACAUGCAAGCAGCACGUGCCCGUCACAGCAACCGACAUGGUGUGGACCAAGGACGGCAAGCACCUCAUCGGCCCCUCUUACUCCCCUACUCCCGUGUGA